GCUGGUUAGCGGAAUGAAUAUAAUAGCACUCUUAGUAUGGAUAAAUCUGCACUUCGCCCUAAGUAGUAAGGACUUUCAAGAGGCGGACAGGCUGGUGACGUGGAGGCUUCGAAAUAUUGUGAGCAAGUAUAAAGUAUUGGCCAUCGGAAACGCCGAGUUCUCCCGGUGGAUAGAGAAGAUAAACAAUGUUGCCGCCCAGAGUAGCUUUGAAGCAAGGAUUAUGGCAGAAUCUGAUUUCAAGGGCUACGAUAAGACUCGCCAAAUGCUUGAAGAUGAAAUUACCGAACGCUUGACCACGCUCAGAUCCCUGAUCUUCCAAAAGGAGGGUGGCAGGAGAUGUGUUAAGCACUACCAGCAUCAGGAAAAUGAACUUCGAAAUGCCUACAAAUCCUCCAACGAAAGAAAAAAGGAGGUUAUUUUCCAAAAUGGCAAGAAAUGUCCUACAAAAGGGAGGCGACGAAGGAAAGAAAACGAUUACUACGAUUACUACUAUUGAUCAUACCGAUUUUUACAAAAAUCAAAUAAAUCCUGCUUCCAACCCCUAUUCUACUUUUACAAUUGGAAAAUGCAAAAGUAAUUGUUAA